AGAGAGAGAGAGCCUCACUCCUCUCCCUCUUGCCAUGGCCAGAUCACAGUAACUUCCUUGCCCUGCCCGACAACACAAACAAACUGUCACACACUGCCCCCAACCCCAAAACCCUAUAAACCAUCUCUCAUCUCUCAGGCUCGCCUCGCCGUGUUCAUCCAAGUUCCAAUCCCCUCUCCACCCUCACUCCCUCCAAAGCUGGCAUUGGCGUGGCAGCAAUGGCGAGGCCCCCCGCAAUGGUGAUCCAGGACGACUACAUCGACAUGGACCUCGCCCCGACCGCCACGCCCCUGCCGCCCUCCUCGCCCCGCUUCGAGUUCCAGAGCGCCGGCGUCGCCACCAAGCACAGGGAGGAGGCCUUCGCGUCGCCGGCGGACGAGCUGUUCUACAAGGGCAACCUGCUCCCGCUCCACCUGCCGCCGCGGCUGCAUCUCGUGCAGAGGCUGCUGCAGGAGCAGCAGCUGCCGGUGCAAGGGCUGAAGAGGGAGGCGGCGGCGGAGGGGGAGGGUGACGCUGCCGCCAAGGUGUGCGCAGCCAAGAAGCCGUCUUGGUCCAAGCGGUUGAAGGUGGUGAAGCGGUGGGCGUCGAGGGAGUACAUCAGGUCCUUCUUCUUGGCCAAGCCGAGCGACAUUGUUGUCGACGGCAGCGUCAGUGCGAGGGGGAGCGUGCUGGAUCAGGAGGUGGUGUGCAGCCACCGCAAGUCCUUCUCCGGCAUCAUCCGGCGGGUGCGCCUGGUGGCGACCAAGGCGGCGGCGCCGGGGAUCUCGCCGCUGUGCUCUUCGUCCUCGUCCUUGUCUUCUUCCUCGUCGUCGACGCCGUCGUGUGGCAACGCGAACGGGUUCUUCCGGGCGGCGGCGACGCCGGCGCUGAAGCGGAGCAGCAGCGCCGGUCCGGAGGAAGGCGCCAUCCAGGGGGCCAUCGCGCACUGCAAGCGGUCUCAGCAGCUCCAGCCGCAGGGGAUGGUGAUCUCGGCGAGGAGGAGCGUGAGCGACGUGGUGUUCUACUCGGUGUCCAACACGCCCAGGGCCUCCACCGUGGCCGCCGGCGAGGCGACGCAGGAGAGGCAGGAGAUGUGCAGGGGGUGAUGCUGAUGCAGCAGAUGCCACUGAGAUGAGAUGGAACAAAUCAAAGCAACAUUCUUUUGUUUCUUUGCUUGCGAAGAUGAGCGAGCAUUGUGCUGUGGAUUGCUGUGAGGAUGCAAUGUGCUGUUGUAUUCCCUUCUUUUCCUGUCCAAUUUUUUUGGUUUCUUGGAGCAAAGAUUUCUCAUUUGAGCUGUGGAUCUUGUUGGUACUUCCUUCUUUGUUUCCAGCUGCAGCUCCUCCUCCAUUCCAUUCUUCUCCGUCUCUCUCAAAGCUGCUCCAUUCUUCUCCAUCUCUCUCAA